ACAUAGGCAAUCUUCACCCUUCGUAGCUGCCCCGUGCUUCACACUGGGUCGACCCACUGAGCAGCACCAGUGAAGGAGGGACUACCGAAUAAAGCUCCAUCAGUGACCCACAUCUCAUUUAUAUUCACAGCUUGAGAAGUACGACUGUCACCUCAUCAGACGCUGUGUCAUGUCCGACUUCCUGACAACCACCUUCCCGGCCAUCUUAAUCCUGGUUCUGGGCUCGGACAAUGGCCAAGAACAACGUAUUCAUCUGCAUAUGCAUCCCGAAUUCGAGAGAUACAAUAUGUCGCUAUGGCAGGUGACUGGGACCGCGUGCCAGCCCUACAGCGCCCACAUGCUAAAAUGGAGAACAGUCUUCGUUGAGUCCUCAGACAUUCUUCGCAUGGACCACCUUCGACCAGGACGGUACUGUGUCAUGGCCGACCCCAUCACCGAUACCUGCUGGCCGCCUGAGUUCUGUUCUCGAAUUAUCUCGAACGUUAUCGAACUGACUGGAUUUCCGGAAGGACUUGCUGGACCCAAACCAUGUUGCUACCCUGGGAAGGUGGAAGCCAAUUUUCAAGUGGAAGACGACAUGCAUACGAGGAGGUCAGUACGUGUCAGUUUGCAGCUGAAGACAUUAAGAAAUCCUUGUUUCACUCGUUUUGGUGUCACGAUAUGGAAAGCUCCUGAAGAUAAAGCAGACUGCAGUAGAAUGAUCGGUUUCGUAAGCCAGACCUACGACGAAGUACUACCCAAUACGACGCUUCAGAUCUAUGGCCUCCAUUCUGGGAAAUACUGCUUAAAGAUGUCAGUCAUCUGCAGAGGAUGCUCCUACACCUGCCCGGAUGCUUUGGUAUCACCCUUUGAAAUUAUAGAGAGGCCCCACGAUUUCUCGCUCCCCAAAGUGCUGUUCCUGAUGCUAGGACUCCUGGUGCUCUUACAAUGUGUCAUCAUGGCCCUCAAAACACCUGCUUUACAGUCAGCAGUAGUCAUGGGGAUUCAAAGGUGUGCAGAUAUGCCAAAGGGAAGCCAGUACCAAGUGUGAUGACAAAGAGAGAGAAUGGCAUAGAAAGGAUAUGCGGCAUCCCUGACACACUGUAAGCACAGCAAUAGCAAUAAAAGUACAGAUAAAAUGA